AUGGCUGACAUCGCCUCACUCAAAGCUCUUAUGCUACUUGCUCGAUCUCAAUCUACGACAAUUCACUUCUCUUUAAAAACAUCUUACGGCUUGGUGUUAGAGUAUCAAUCCGGCAAACAGCUGUGCCUCCGCCUUAAAGACUCCACAACAGCAUCAAAUACGCAACUACCAACCCAGUCUCACUCGGAGGGUCUGGAAUACGAGGCCUCGUCCGGAUCUAAGCCGCUAGGUGUACCAGGUUCACGCCACGACGAUUUGUCCAAAGGCCAACUCGAUUCUGUUGUUCCAGGCCAACAGCCCCUCCAGUCAGGCUACCGCUACCUGAUUGACCCAGACUAUGGCACUUCCGCUUUGUGGUAUCGUCCAAAAUGGCCUGGUAACCCCGAGGGCGAGUUUCACAUUGACCUUCGGAGUCUAAAACAUCGAUAUUCCUCUGCUUGGAUUGAGGCCUUUGAGAAGUGGGAAAGGCGAUGGACUGAAGCUUUCAAGGCCCAGGAGUGCCAUCUCGGUUCUUACAAGGAGCCGUUUCCGGAUCUAGAGGAGCGGAAGACUUGGUUCGUGGAGGGUGCGCUGCUAGCGGCUUGGCUUGUAUUGCAGGACGAUGUUGACCAGGUGGCUUACGAUCCGGAUGAUGGAAUAUUUGAGCUGCGGCGCGAUGGCCUGGGGGAGACUUUGGCAGGGAUGCUUUACGAUUUGACCGAUGGUUUGAAUAUUAAAGAGGAGUCGGAUUCCGACUAG